CUCCGUUACGAUGCUGACAGAGAACAGUGAUGCGGACAGUGAGCCGGAGCUCCAGCGCUCCCCGAGCACCGUGUCCAUCCAGCCGGUGGCAUCCAAGCUCCAGAGACUGAAGCGCUCCCUGUCUUUCAAGACCCUCAUGCGCAGUAAGAGCGUGGAGAACUUCUUCCAGAGGUCUUACAGCGAUGCUCGGCUGCCCCCAGAUUUCAUCACAGACCCGCCCCCGCCCUCUCCACCCUUGACGCCCGGCUCUCCUCUCGGCACGGACUGCUCGCCGUCUAUUUCCCCGUCCCUCAGCCCCAACCCCUCCAUCUGCUCGCACUCCCCCUCGCUCAGCCCCUCGGCCUCGCUGCCCGGCAAGACUCCCAGGCCACAGGUCACCCACUACUUCCAGGAGCAUGUCUUCCGCAAGCCCACCAACUGCCAGCACUGCAAGCACAUGAUAGUGGGUAACUCCAAACAAGCCCUGCGCUGCAGAACCUGCAAGCUGGCCGCUCACCUCUGGUGCACCUCGGAGCUGUCCCAGCUGCCCUGUCAUGGGAAGUCGGGGGCGUUCAAGCGGAACUUCAGUUCGCCCGUGCUCGUUAAUGACCAACUGGCUGUCGUCAAGGAAGUCCAGCCCAGCCAAGAAGCUGGGCGGGCACGUGUAGACCCCGUGUAUGCCGCCUUACGCUACGGGACGUCACUGGCACAGAUGAGCCGCUCCAGUUUCGGCAGUGUGUCAGAGUCACCCACCCGCAGCCUGGGGGAGGGAGGUGAGGAGAGGGAGCAGAGACAGUGCAGUAUAGAGGAAGAAAUAACUGCAGAGACAGGGGUUCUCCCCCUGCUGUCAGAUGCCUCCGUCCCAGAGGGCGGGGCAGCCGUGGAGGAGGAAGACGGGAUUAGUGGGCAAACGCAGACCCCCGUGGAGGAAAGUGUUGUGAAGGUGCCCAAGCAUAUCGAGGUGCGUUCCAUCCACACCUAUGUGGCCCUCUACAGGUUCUUACCCCAGGAGCAGAAUGACCUUGAACUACAUUCUGACCCAUACAGUAGAGAAAAGCAGGAGGACAACGAGGGCUAUAUGAAGCUGAGCAGUGGGAAGAAGAGAGGGCUGGUCCCAGCUGUUUCUAUAGAGGAGAUCUAA